AGUUUUUAUAUUUAUAUUUUGAGAACUCGUAGGACACGUUAGCCCUCACCACCCAUCAUAAUGGUAUGUCUUCAUAACACGUUGGCAUGCGGCCACAAAGAAAUACCUGUAGUUCAUUAAAGGUCCAGAGAAGUGCCUUGGAGAUGGUCCGUCGCAGGAGACUAAUUAAUGGCGGCAAAUGUGACAUUUAUUUACCAAAUGAGCAGAAAAAGUGGUCAUGUGUCAUGUUUGUUGUUGGCCUGGAUACAAAAUGACAGACACUUGAUAUAAGAAGAUCAGAGGACUCUCCGUCACACAAGCCAGACGAUGCCGUGGUUCCUCUCCAACUUCCAGAGAGCUGCUGGGAUGAAGUCUAACAGGAAAGUCCUGCUGCUGGUCGUGAUGCUGCUGCUGUCUCAACUGGCCUGUGAUGCUCACAGCGUGUCCGAGUGCUGCAGACAACCACCUCGCUCCUGUCGCCUCCAUAUGUUGCUGUGUCGCCCCGGCAGCAAUAACUUUGGGAGAGCGCUCACAGGAGAUGCCGCCGCUGGUAUCCUCACUCUGGGUAAACGGAAUGAAGAUGAGCAUCGCUUGCAGAGCAGACUCCACCGGCUCCUCCAAGACUCCAGGAACCAAGCAGCAGGGAUCCUGACUAUGGGGAAGAGGACCGAGGAGAGGGCUGGGGAGCAGUACAUGGACUGGAUGGCUCAGUCAGGAACUAUCACAACACCCCUGCCUGCUUUAAGCUAAACAUCAAGGUACAAAAAAAGACUUUCUUUGCUCAUGUAAAAACUAUUUUGUGAUGUUGUUUGAACUGUGCCUUUUUAAAUGUGCCGUGCUGAUAACAUUGGGAAGAUGUGUAAUAUUGUACAUAUAUGGACUUGUGGUGGGUGUAAUAAAAUAAUAUAAAGC